AUGAAGGGAUGUCGGCAAUGCUUCACGGAAGGGAAGGAAUGCUCCUACGAUGUCUGGGAUCGAUGUGUCGCCUGCAGCGAGGGUGGUUAUAUGUGUUGGCCGCCAAUUAACCUAGAUGAACUCAUGGUCAAGACGAGGGAGUUGAGAACUCUGCAAUCUGACGCCGACCAUCUCCGAACGAUCCUCACCGGUAAAGCGAUAAAAUUGAAGAGCACGCAAGAAGUGUUUCUGCAACGCAGAGAUUCCUUGGGCCCAGCGAGCAAUGAAGCAGACAGACUUUUGGUCUCACAGCUACAACAGCAGGGGAGAUCUCAGAGGAAAGAUAUCGAGGACGACAGGAGAAAAUACGAAACCAUGCGUAAAUCGAUACAGGAAAAACUUGAAGAGAAAGAGGACAUAGCACACAAAUUGGCAGAUCUGGUAUUGGAUAGAUUUGCUCAGGAUUGUGAACGUUGCGGAGAGUUGCAACAAGUCUGCAACUUUCCAGAAAAUUCGCAUCUAUGCACCACAUGCACGACUGAUGUCGUCAGAUGCACAGGCGAUGCAGACUGGGACGACCUCGACUUGAUGUGGAAUGCCGCUGAUCCGCUCGACCAGCAGGUGGAUGACUUUCUGCUGAAAAACCUGCCUGAUCCGGCAAUAUUUCAGAAGUUGAAGGAUAACGAAGCUAGUACAGGAGCAACGCUAAAGCAAUAUUUUGAUAGAAGUGGUCUCUCGGCGCAAGAGCGAGAGGAAUCGUCACGUCUCGGCAAUCAACGUCAGCAGAUUCGUGAUUCACUGGAACAGAUCAGGGCUGCCAGUUUUUGCGACAACGUUACCUACCAAGAGCUGUUAUCGCUGAGAGUAGUGCUCACUAUUGCUGGAAACGCUGCAAUGAGGUGGUGGAGCGACUAUGAUGUUGAGCUGGAAGAACGGACCGGUUAUCCGACACAAAGACGUCUUCCAAGUGUAGGAGAUAUGACGGAUAAACAAUACAGCGAUGCUGUGGCAUGGGUGCGCGCGCAU